CACACACACACACACACACACACACACACACACAUACUCCCCUCUCGCACUCUCACAGGCUGCGCUGCUGCUUUGAUCUUUCUUUACAACAGUUAGCUAACGUCAUAGGCUGCACUGCUUAGAAGGGGAGUUUUGUCAAGCGGAACAGAGCUGCAAGAGUUUUCAGAGGCUCUCGCACCGCAGUGGCAGCAGGCAGCAUCCACGGAACCUCUACCCUUGUCUAAAGCGCACAAUCUUACUUUCAUCGCCUUGUGCCAAAGUUGAGGCAGCGCCGAAGACAUGGAACACCAGCUGUUUUGCUGCGAAGUGGAUACCAUUAGAAGAGCUUACCAAGACGCAAACUUGUUGAAUGACCGAGUUUUACAGACAAUGCUUAAAACAGAGGAAAAUUAUCUUCCUUCGCCAAAUUAUUUCAAAUGCGUUCAGAAAGAAAUUUUACCCAAAAUGAGAAAAAUCGUCGCCACAUGGAUGCUCGAGGUGUGUGAAGAACAGAAAUGUGAAGAGGAGGUUUUCCCGUUGGCUAUGAACUACCUGGACAGAUUUCUAUCUGUAGAGCCCACUAAAAAGACCAGAUUACAGUUGCUCGGAGCUACCUGCAUGUUUUUGGCCUCUAAAAUGAAGGAAACCGUUCCAUUAACAGCCGAGAAGCUUUGCAUAUACACUGACAACUCUAUUCGUCCCUGCGAACUAUUGCAAAUGGAACUACUGGCACUGAACAAACUGAAGUGGGAUCUAGCGGCAGUGACGCCACAUGAUUUCAUCGAGCAUUUCCUUACCAAACUUCCAAUACAUCAAAGCACCAAACAGAUUCUGCGCAAGCAUGCCCAGACGUUUGUGGCGCUCUGUGCAACAGACGUCAACUUCAUCGCCAACCCCCCUUCCAUGGUGGCGGCGGGCAGCGUGGCGGCGGCCGUGCAGGGGCUGUACCUGAAAAGUAGCAACGGCUCUCUCUCCUCCCAGAACCUCACCAACUUCCUCUCCCAGGUCAUCAGGAGUGACCCGGACUGUUUGCGAUCGUGCCAGGAGCAGAUCGAGUCAUUGCUGGAGUUGAGCCUCAGGCAAGCACAGCAACACAGCAUCUCCACAGAGACCAAGCGCGUGGAGGAGGACGCCGACCUCUCCUGCACGCCCACAGACGUCAGGGAUGUUAACAUCUGAGUGGACCACGCUUCUUCUCUAGAGUGUUUCUUGUUUGCUGUCUGGUCUGGGCUUUGACCAGAGGCUUCGUGGGACGAGUGGGACCCAUAAGCCCCCACUGGAACCCCCAACAACACCUUAACCAAUCAUAAUCAGCCCCACAGAGUGCCCUCACCGUUGAGCCCUCAGUGGAGCCUCCCUGUGGCCUUCAUGACUGGGCUGUUACUGAUCAGACCCACUAGCCGAGGACAAGGGAAGGAUGAAAACCCGUUCACAUUGCUGAUUACUCUCUCUGUCAGGCCUUCUCCAUAUAACUUGAGUGAAAUGAUAAGACACAAAAAUGUAUAGAAAAUUUAGGAUUUUUUAAAAUUAAACAACCACAUAUUUUACAUAUGUAGUUGUGACUUGUCAUAUAUAUAUAGACAAGGAAAUAGCUUGAUAUUUUCGUGUUGAGUGUGUCUAAAACUUUUUUUUUUUUGAAAGAGAAAAGGCAUUAUUAGUGUGUUUGAUUUCUCUUUCUUUUAGCUAGUAUGUUACACAUGCUAACAGUCACCCCAGCCAUUUUUGCAGUCUAGGCAUGUGUAUCUAUCUCUGCUUGCUUAUGCGUUUAGUCACUUUAUUCUAUUGUCUAGACUUCUCAAAAUUCCCUAACGUGUUUUCCUUCUCUUUCAAAAUGGUUUGUGUAACCCUAGUAUAUUUUGUUAAGCAUGUGUUAUUCUAUGUUAUGAUUUAGAGGCCUGUGGAUUGCCAAAGCUGAGGUUUAAACUUAAUACCAGACAGAACCAUUGACAUUAUUAUUAUUAUUUUCAUGAUAUAUUUCAUCUUUUGAUUUCCUCACUGCCAAUGCUGUCACUGGCUAUGACAAAAUAAGCUUGUCUCUUAACUGCUCUCUUCAUUACACUCACGGUGCAAUCCACAGUCUACGUUCUGUUUAGAUACAUGUUAUAAUCUAAAACCAUUCCAUUAAAAAAAAAAAAAAAUGCACUUUCAGUCCGUCUUGCGAGACUGGCUUAUGAAAAUCCACAUUUGUAAAACAAACCUGAAAGAAAAAAAAACAUGGAAUGGAGUAGCUGAUGGCAGGCUUGUAACCUGUCUGCAACAUGGAGCGGGUCUCUUUAUGGUGUUGUAGGUUGGAGAGAAAGAGAGAGAGAGAGAGUGAGAGAGAGACGCUGAGAGACUGAAAAGAUACAUACUCGCAGAAUAGCAGAGAUAAAGCCUGAGGGCCAAUGCUGCCAUCACCCUCUCCCUGCUGCCAGAGACGGACAGACACUGGAGAAAGUUCUGGCGCAAUCCCGAUGAGAGCGGCCCAAGCAAGCCUACCAUUGUUCAGCUACGCGCCCCCCAAUAGCAGAAGAAGCAUUGGCGCAUUUAAAACACUAAAGUAACAUAGCUAUAUCAAAGAUUGAGAACUAUUUAUUUUGCCCUUUUCCCCUCAUAAGGCCAGUAUGGAGUGCAAAAAUGGAUACCCAAGUUUGCUUGGUUUUGAAAUGUGCUUCACACACAGCUAUUUUCUACCUUGUGCAAAAAAAAAAAAGAAGAUCAUUUUGAAAGCUCAACAGGAGUGCGAGGAGGUGACGUGCUCGAGACGAGAACACCGUUGUAAGAGAAAUCAAAGCGGCGUGGCUUCUAGACGAUUUUGCACAAACCCCAAGAUUUGCGUAUUCCUCCUGCCUCUCGCAGGAGGGGUCCCAGGGACGAUGAGCAUGGAUGUUGGAGAUGGCUGAGGGAGACACUGAAAAGAGCGACGUCUGGACAUCAGAAAGUAAACCGCAGAACUGAAGUGUUUGUACAAGAGAAGGAGGGAACACAGGAGGCACACUCCUCAUAUUUAGCUGCUCUGGAGGGAUUUCCAGCAAGUAUGAAACUUUCAAGUAAAAAAAAGAGAAAACAACCAACAUAAAGACAUGCUUCAUUCUAUUGUCUUGUUUUGCUGCUAUUUUUGGUUUUGACUAUGUAAAAUGUCAAUAUACUGCCAUGUCAUGGGUUUUAAUUUUCUCAUAGAAAAUUAUGAUAUUGACAUCCUUGUUUCUUUUCGUAGUUUUUUUUUUUUUAUUAUUGGAUCAGUUUUUAUUAAUGUGAUUUCUGCAUUAUUCCAAAAAAGGUGGAAAAAAAAGAAAAAAAUAGACAAAUGUUCCUUUCUUACCCACAAUACCUCAAACAGUCAUGAUUCAGCAAUGAUGAUUUAGCCUGGGCUUUUGUUUCUUUUCUGUUUUGUCUUUUUAUUUCACUUGGUCAUACAGUGCCUGCUAGUCCAGUUGUCAACAGCCAAUGGACAUGCAUUAUUCAUCAUCCUUCUGGGUCCUGAUAUGAGCAAGUGGAGAGAGCAUUGAAUGAAAUUGGUGCCAUAAACAUCUUGAUUAUAUAACUCAUUUGAGUUUUUAACUGUUUCAUUAAAAGAGACUAUAUGCCCCCCCCCCCUCCCCCCAGGCUGAUUGUGGCCCAAAUGUUAUAUAUUUAUAAAGUGUUUGUACAAACUGAAAGUAGAUAUGAAAUGCCAUGUCAAUUUACAAAGCCAUAGUGUGGAUUUGUAAUAAUUUAACAGCACCCACGCUAAUGUAUCAGUACCUGGCCAUCUUGUUCUGAACACAGGAUGAUUAGCGUGCUUGCAUCACGUGUCAUUAUUACAAUAAAUGGAAAAUAGAUAUAAUCGCCAACAGUUUUUUUCUUCAUGUCUUGUUCAUGUAGGAAUUAGAAAAUUGCUAUUUGUAAGAGUCACAGAUGCAGCUGUUUUCUGUAUUCUGUAUUAUUAUUAUUGGCACACUGUUAAUUCUGUCAAGCAGAUAUACACCCAGAGCUGAUUUUCGACCCACCCUCUGUUUUAUGUUCUUUUAGCCAUAGACAUGGUGCUGCUAUAUGUCCUGCAUUGUGACUGGAGAUAGUAAUUUAUGUAAAGAGGUGCAGCUUUGAGCUAAGGAAUGAGCUACUGGCUUAACCCAGGACCCAGGGGGACGAAAACAUACUAUCCUCUGUAUUGUAUCAGGAAUGUUUGUUACCUCAAAACAACAACAAAAAAAAAAAAAAAAAAUCAAAUGUCUGACAAGAGCUGGCAUGAACUUAUGUUCACAUGCCCAGACAUCAUGCAUUUAAGGAAAAAUAAAUACAAAAAGAAAAAGACAGGAUGGUGUGGAGGUCUUCACCCAAGCUUUUCUCUUGAAUGCGCAAAGGGAGAAAUUGACUCAGAGAACUGAGAGGUCGUUGCAUCAUCCCCACAACCUAAAACGCUUGGCUUUGUGUCUCCAUUCUGUUGUAAAUGAGGCCAGUUGUUCUUAGUCUUUAGUCCUGAAUUUUGUUCAUUCUAAAGGGUCAAAGGCCAACUGAGGACACUCUAGUAGAUAUGGUGAUGACCUGGCAAUAAAAUAUCACUUAAUGUCUGUUCAUUUAUUUUUUUGCCAGUUGCUGGUCUGAAAUGCACAAUCUUUACUUGCAGACCCAUUCUAGACAUGAUGUUAGCUAGAAUUAAACUCAAGCUUCAAAAACA